AUGAAAUUUUCUCGGGAAAACAUGAACUUGAUUUUCCCGGAAAUCAAAUCAACCCAGAAUUUCAUCUCCCCUUCACCACCACCACCACUCCGAUCAAACUCAAGCUUCGAUUUUAGCAGCAAAAUCAGCCCAAACAUCCUCAUGAUAAUCAUAAUCCUCUCGAUCAUCUUCUUCAUCUCCGGUCUCAUCCACAUCCUCGUCAAAUUCCUCCUCACACCAUCGUCUCAAAACAGAGAUGAUUACUUCGACAACAACGUCACAGCUUUUCAAGGCCAGCUUCAACAGCUUUUCCACCUCCACGAUUCCGGCGUCGACCAAUCAUUAAUCGACACGUUACCCGUUUUCCACUACAGAUCCAUCGUCGGCUUCAAAAUCUCACCUUUCGAUUGUCCCAUUUGUCUCUGCGAGUUCGAAACAGAGGACAAGCUUAGACUCUUGCCUAAAUGCAGCCACGCCUUUCACGUUAAUUGUAUCGACACCUGGCUCCUCUCUCACUCGACUUGUCCCCUUUGUAGAUCCAAUCUCCUCCUCUCUGAUUUCUCAUCUCACCACAGUCUAAGCUCCUCGUAUCUCCUUGUUCGUGAAUCAGCGAGUGAGCAAAGCUCGAGAGAUAUGAUAGUUCAUAUUCCUGAAGCUAAUGAUCUCGGGUCGACCCGUUUUGGGUCGGGUCGUAAAUUAUGUGACCCGGAUGGUGAAUUGGAUGGUUUAGAUGAAAAGUUUGUUCCUUUACAAGUUAAGCUAGGGAAGUUUAGGAACAUUGAUCAUGUUGGUGAAGGAAGUGAGAACAAGAAUUGCAUUGUUGGUAAUAGUAGCAAUGUAGAUGAAAGGAGGUGCUUCUCAAUGGGAUCAUAUGAGUAUAUUAUGGACCAAGAAGCUACACUUAAGGUUCACGUUUCGACCAAGAAACUAUCCGACAAAGACCGUCGCUUUCCCGGGCAUAGGGUAGUUAUGUCCGAAUGCGGUUUUGAUCCAACGGUUAAGGAAAUUGGGAAGAGUGUUGUGGAAACAGAGAGCUUUUCUUUGUCGAAAAUUUGGCUUAGGGGUAAAAAGGAGAAGCAAAAGGGUACUACUAGUGCUAGAGAUCAUGACUGUUCUUCUGCGUCUUCCUCUUCAAUCCGAUUUCCGAAGAAUGGGAUCUGUACCGAUGAAGAGAAUCAAAAGAGCGAAAAUUCGGAAUCUUUGGAUACGAAAACGCCAUCUUUUGCUAGGAGGACCAUGAUUUGGCUUGCAGGGAGACAAAACAUGGUUGUUCAUCCUUCUUCUACAUCACGCGUCUAGUUUUUAAUUUGUUUCUCUUGUUAACUUUUUAUUCUUUCUUGACAACUGUGUUUGAAGAUUUUAGAGUAUUAUUAAGUGUUGACAUUAGAGAGAAAGUAGAUGAAAAGUGGGAGCUAAUCUCUAGGGUUCUUAACUUAUUAGUCACAUUGAAAAUUUGGUGGGUCUGCAAACAGUGGACGCAUUGUUGUAAUUCUUGAUGUAUGACCAACAAUUAUUAGUCAACCUUGUUUCUUAAAAGAUGACCCUUUCUACGUAAA